CAAUCCAUUGGCUUUCUCUCUCUUAAGUUUUCUUUUGUGUUAUUUCUCUCCUCUGUAGGAUCUACUACACAUAUAGAACGGUCGGUCCUUUUAGAGUUUUUUAACAAGACCGCUCGGUAAAGUCUUGGUGUUCACUACAUAGUCCGAUCGAUAUUGAAUCGAGGUUUCAAUAUCAUCGUUAAUCAAGGAGUCUGUACAUGGCUCCUGUCUCGUUACCUCCUGGUUUUAGGUUCCAUCCAACGGAUGAAGAACUAAUCACAUACUAUCUCAAAAGAAAGAUCAACGGUCGAGAGAUUGAGCUAGAGAUUAUCCCCGAAGUAGACCUCUACAAGUGCGAACCAUGGGACUUGCCAGGGAAAUCAUUGCUACCGAGCAAAGACCAAGAAUGGUACUUCUUCAGUCCCCGGGACAGAAAGUAUCCUAAUGGCUCAAGAACAAACCGGGCAACAAAAGGCGGUUACUGGAAAGCCACUGGCAAAGACAGACGGGUGAGUCUGAGAGAUCGAGCGAUAGGAACCAAGAAAACACUAGUUUACUACCGUGGACGCGCCCCACAUGGUAUUAGAACUGGUUGGGUCAUGCAUGAAUAUCGCCUCGAUGAAACCGAAUGCGAACCUACUGCGUUCGGCAUGCAGGAUGCAUAUGCUCUUUGCCGCGUUUUUAAGAAGAUAAUCAUCGAAGCGAAACCACGAGAUCAACAACAGCAGCAGCAUCAGCCUUACGCCCACACAAGUUCGAAUAUAAGUCGUAGCUCAAGUUUUGACGUUGGUUCGGAUCUUGAAAUAAGUUCAAACACACAUCAAGUUCCACCUUAUAGUAACGCUGCCGAGACCCAACCGCCAUUUGGAAACGCAAACACAGUCGGUAAUCAUGAUGAGUGGUUGCAAUACUUGUCACACGACAUGCCUCUAAGAUUUUCAAACUACGGAUCUCCUUAUGGACCAUACCUCAAUCCAUCAAAGGUGUAUACAGAAACUGAUUGUGGAAUGUUGCAACAUCAAAUGUCACUGCAACCGUUACAAGUAGAAAACUCGGUGGUUCAAACCAGCAUUUUCUCCAAUGGAAUGAAUCAAAACGGCGGUCAAUGCGGUUUCAGCGACUUUACCUUCGCUGCAAGUAACCCCAACCAUCUAUAUAACAACACUGUUGAUGAUCAUCUGAUACACAACGGAAAUCUCGAUGAACAACUGCUCAGUGUUGGAAACUCGACAUGGAUGAACAUGUCUAACGAGAAUUUAAAACAGAGUUUUAUAGAAGACACAGAGAUUUUGCCAAGCUUCGAGGAGAAUGAUCAAGAUCUUGAAUAUUAUGGCGGAUCUCGGACCAAUACAAUCGACAACAUAGAAAUCGACGAGUUUUUCUCGUUUGAAGACCGAAUAGAAAACACCGACAAGUCAAACAUAACUCUAAAUUCUUCAGGAUCCGAGAUGAUCGAAGAAGAGAUUAGAGUAGAUCAUAAAAUGCUCGUUUGCACACGUCAAACACCCAAAGUUUUAUACCAUCAAGUCGUACCGUCGCAGAUUUUGAAAAUUCACAUUAAUCUUAUUGGAGGAAAUGAAGAGGGAAGAUUGUUUAUGGAAGAAGAAGGCAAGGAUUCUUGGUUCCAAACGGCUGAAAAUGUUGGCAAGAUGAAACUGAAGCAGAUUGGUUUAGUUGCAAAACAUUAUUACAAAUGUCUUACGAUUAUUUUCUGAUUUUAUUUUUUAACUUUUAUCUAAUAACUAUUUUAAACGAAGAGAAUAUACUAUAUAUUUAUUGUAAUAUUGAUAGAUCACCAUUGUCAUUGGUAAAAUAUUACUUGGGGG